AUGUUGAAAGCCGUAAUACUUAUCGGAGGACCACAAAAAGGUACCCGAUUUCGGCCUCUAUCACUUGACAUUCCAAAACCACUAUUUCCAAUAGCCGGUUUACCCUUAAUACAACAUCAUAUUGCCGCUUGCACUAAGCUGCGAGAAUGCAAAGAGAUCUUAAUCAUAGGCUCAUACACAACCACUCAGAUGACUCAGUUUGUUAACGACAUGCAGAAGCUAUACCGUGUAAUAAUUAGAUACUUACAAGAGUUCACACCACUUGGUACGGGAGGAGGUCUGUACCAUUUCAGAGAUCAAAUCCGAGCAGGAAACCCAAGUGCAUUUUUUCUAUUGAAUGGCGAUGUCUGUGCCGAUUUUCCAUUAAGAGAAAUGUACGAAUUUCAUGAAGAAAAACCUAAUGCUAUUGUAACGAUAAUGGGUACUGAAGCAACACGCCAACAAUCCGUGCACUACGGUUGUAUGGUAUGCAAUGGCUCUAAUGCAGUCACACAUUACGUAGAGAAGCCAAAUUCAUAUGUGUCUACAUUAAUUAAUUGCGGUGUCUAUGUAUGUUCCCUCAACGUUUUUCAAGUAAUGGCUGAAGCUUUUCAAAAGAAACAGGAUGGAUUUUAUAGUGGUAACGGUCAGGGCACUCCACACCCGGGAUACAUGUCAUGGGAGCAGGAUGUUUUGGCACCGCUGGCCGGCACUAACAAAUUGUAUUCAAUGCAGGUGUCAAGCUGGUGGUCCCAAGUGAAGACGGCCGGUUCCGCGAUAUACGCGAACAGACACUGUCUAACGCUACACUGCACUAGAGACGACGUUUGUCAGAUCAUACCCGACGUCUACAUACACCCGAGCGCCACUGUCGACUCAACGGCUGUCAUCGGGCCUAACGUCUCCAUAGGUACGGGCGUUACAAUAAAAGCUGGCGUCAGAAUAAAGGAAUCAAUAAUACUCGAAAACGCGACCGUGAACGAACACUCCCUGAUCAUGUAUUCUGUGGUCGGUCGGGAAGCUUCAGUGGGCGAAUGGUCGCGUGUAGAAGGAACUCCUUCAGAUCCUGAUCCGAACAAACCCUUCGCCAAGAUGGACAACCGACCGCUAUUCAAUACGGACGGACGACUCAACCCGUCUAUCACUAUAUUGGGUGCAGGAGUCGUGGUACCCGCUGAGACGAUUUUGUUAAACUCCAUAGUGCUACCUCAUAAACAUUUGGCGAGAAGUUUCAAACACGAAAUCAUAUUAUAGUUUUUUAUUUUAUUUUUCUAAACGACAAUACAGGGCUGUAUGUGAUGCAUUCUGUGCGCAUAGAUUUUGUUAUCUGUGACUUUUUUUAAAAAUGACGUAAAAUGAGUUUCUUGGCGGGAACGUGAAACCCGUUUUGUUUUUGUUCUGUCAAUUUAGUGUGACAAGUUGAAUCGUGUAAUAAUGACGAAUUGUUAACUGUUUAGGUAGAUGCGACAUUGUACUUCCCAAUCUCCAUAAUUCUCGAUAUACGGCAUAACAUAACAUAUACAGGCAUUAUUUACUGGUGGUAGGACCUCUUGUGAGUCCGCGUGGGUGGGUACCACUGCCCUGCCUAUUUCUGCCGU